CAUCAUCAGAAUUGUUAUAGCUUAUUGUUUCUUUUUUUCUGUUGUUGAGCUUAUAUAAUGCCAAGGGAUCCUUUACUAGUUGGUGGUGUGAUAGGUGAUGUGCUAGAUCCUUUUAAUAGAAAAGUAUCUCUGAGAGUCACCUAUGGUUCAAGGGAAGUUAGAAAUGGUUGUGAAUUUAAACCCUCAGUAGUAGUUAACCAACCUAGGGUUGACAUUGGAGGAGAUGAUCUGAGAAACUUUCAUACACUGAUCAUGGUAGACCCUGAUGCUCCAAGCCCAAGUCACCCAACCCUAAAAGAAUAUUUGCAUUGGUUGGUAGUAGAUAUUCCUGCAACUACAGGAGCAUCUUUUGGGCAAGAGAUAAUAUGCUAUGAGAAUCCACGGCCAACAAUUGGAAUUCAUCGGUGUGUUUUCGUGUUAUUCCAGCAACUUGGAAGACAUACUGUCUAUGCUCCAGAAUGGCGUCAAAACUUCAACACUAGAGACUUUGCCAAUGUUUACAAUCUCGGCUUGCCGGUUGCUGCCCUUUAUUUUAACUGCCAAAGAGAGAAUGGUUCCGGCGGACGGAGACCAGAAAUGAGCAUUCCUUGACACUUGAAACUUG